AUGAAUUUCCCUAUUUUAUACCUGACGCUCGUCAGCGUCUUUUCCUGCACAGUCGCUGCCCUGCCCAGCCUGCAAACUCGAGCAAUCCUCGCCUAUAGAAGCUGGGACCUCCGCUUCUUGAGCGUAGCACCCCCAACUUGCAACCCUGACGAGUCGAAUUUGGACUAUUCGAUUUACCACCGUUACGGCGCGAGUCCCCGCUCUUGUCAGGCGCUUGAUACGGAUUCGUUCAACGCGACCAACCUCAAGAGUAUCUCCUGGAAGAGCCCUGCGCCUUCGGACCAGCAGGAUAUUUGCAUGUUUAGCACUGCUGACUGCUCGGGUGGGGAUGAUGCUUUCCUUGGAACUAUUACCUCUGGUUGGGAUGUUUGCUAUCUGUACAAUGGUUUCUUGGGAUGGUCUGUUGUUGAGCAUGGGGAUGACUGUGUGUGA